UCAACCGGCGUCAGUUGAAUUCAAACAACCGAAGCGAUAACAGCUAAAGCAAAUCAGCUCAAGCAAAAAAGCUAAAGCAAAUCAUCAAAAGCAUAACAUUACCUACCAACAAGUACUAUUUUCAAAAUAAAUAUUCUGCGUAUAAAAGCCAAAGCGAAAGAGAUACGAAAGAAGAAACGAAGAGAUAUUUGAAAAGUACAUUUUAUAAAAACAGAAAAGUAUCUUAAAAGCAUUUGAAAUGGCAAACCUACCGUUAUUGUUGAGCUUGGCCGACGAUUUGGGCCGUAUGUCGGUGGUGCCCUUUUAUGAGCCAUAUUACGUCCAACGCCAAAGGAGUCCUUAUUUUGCCAUCGCAGGACCUUUGGAACAGCAGUUGCGUCAGUUGGAGAAACAGGUGGGAGCCUCGGGAGCCUCUGGAGUAGCUUCGAAGAUUGGGAAGGAUGGCUUCCAAGUCUGCAUGGAUGUGUCGCACUUCAAGCCGAGCGAACUCACCGUUAAAGUCCAGGAUAACUCGGUCCUUGUAGAAGGCACUCAUGAGGAACGCGAAGAUGACCAUGGCUUCAUUACCCGGCACUUCAUCAGGCGCUAUGCCCUUCCCGAGGGCUAUGAAGCCGAUAAGGUGGAGUCCACCUUGUCCUCGGAUGGAGUUCUCACUGUGAAGGUCCCCAAGCCGCCGGCACUCGAGGAAAAGGGCAAUGAGCGCAUUGUCCAGAUCCAGCAGGUGGGCCCUGCCCAUCUCAAUGUCAAGGAGAAUCCCAAGGAGACAGUGGAGCAGAAGCAGGAUAACGGCAGCGAGAAGUGAAGGAUCUCCUUUUAAGCAAAAACUAUAUUAACCAUUAUCAAAGUCAUGUAUCUGUUUUAUAAGCUAUAGUUGAACGGGAUACUCUACCACAUACAAGCCAUAAAUGAGUGUCCUAAUUUAAUCUUAAUUUGGAAUAUGUAUUACUUUAGUUGGCUGAAUUAAUAUUAAUAAUACAAAUAAAAAAAACAAAUUUAAAUCAAAGAAAACAUUA